UGUGAAAGAAAGGAACAGGAAGACGCUGUUUUUACACGUACGGUACAUAAAACCUAACGGGUUUCUAGAAUUGAACCGCUCAGCGAAAAUUAACAGCAAAAUUAUUCUAGCAGUAAUUACAGGAUCACGAUGAAGACAAUAUGUUUUUAUUCAUGUUGCUUCUUUUUUUAUUCCACGUCAUCUGCAGUGAAACACUCACUGCAGUAUCUGGUCACUGCAUCCUCUGGAGUCCCAAACAUCCCAGAGUAUAUGGGUGCUAUGAUGCUUGAUGACAUUCAGCUGGGUUCCUGUGACAGCAUCAACAAGACAGUAGAACCAAAACAGGACUGGGUGAAGAAGAUGCUUGAAAACGAAACUGAGCUGUUGGAGAUAUUGACUCAGGAGUGCUUUCAGGGUUGGAAAAACUUUGGAAAGUGUAUUUCUAGUCUGAAGGAGCAGUUCCAGAGUGAAGGUGUUCACAUUUUACAGAAGAGAGAAGGUUGUGAAUGGGAUGAAAAAACUGGAGAGGUGACUGGAUUUUCACAGUACGGUUAUAACGGAGAAGACUUUGUUGAGAUUGAUCUGAACAGACUGACAUGGAUCGCACUGAAACCAGAAGCUGCUAUUACUAAACAAAGAUGGGAUGCUGACAGUGGUAGAACAAAAAACAAGAAAAACUUCCUCACUAACAUUUACCCAGAGUGGAUGAAGAAGUCUUUGUCCUAUGGGAACAGCUCCCUGCAGAGAACAGUUCUUCCCUCAGUGUCUCUUCUCCAGAAGACUCCCUCCUCUCCGGUCAGCUGCUACGCUACAGGUUUCUAUCCUAAAAGAGUCAUGAUGUUUUGGAGGAAAGAUGGAGAAGAGAUCCAUGAAGGUGUGGAUCACAGAGAGAUCCUCCCCAACGAUGAUGAGACCUUCCAGAUGAAUGUUGAUCUGAAUGUUUCAUCAGUCAAACCUGAAGACUGGAGAAGAUAUGACUGUGUGUUUCAGCUCUCCAAUAGUGAACAAGUCAUCACCAAACUGGACAAAACAGUGAUCAGAACAAACUGUGCAAAAACAAUACUUUGCAAUGAUGGAGUAGAGACGCCCGAUGCCAGGAUGACUGCUGUCAUCACUGCAGUGGUUGCUGCAGUGGUUGUUCUUUCUGUGGCUGCUGUUGGAUUUGUUGUUUACAAAAAGAAAAAAGAGGCAGCGGUGAGAGGGGAGACCUCGGAUCAUCCAGCUGGAGAGCCUGACCAGGAGGAGUCGAACAUUAACUCAGCUCUUCCAGGGCACCCUGCAGACUCGGCUGCUGGCAACAGCGAGGGAUGACGUGAACGCCAGUGAGCCAGCGAGUCAGACCUUCUGAGGACGGUUUCACUUUUCUCUCUUCCGUAUAAUUGACUCUUUCCUCUGUCUCUCAGCUCCUUGUCUCAGAGUGGGAGGGAUUUGAAGCACAAAGGGAAGAUGUCAUGGUCCUGGGUCGAGCGACCCAGUGUUUGAGUUUUAUGUAUCUUUUGUAUUCAUUUGUGCCCUAGCUUAGCACAUCUAGUUUAUUUUGAGAUUGCUAUUUAGUCCUUUGUUCCUUAGUUGUCAUCUCCCCCUGUACUAAGUCUCCCUGGUUCAUGCGUCAUGUCUGCGUGGUUAUGUUUAGUUCAUGUCAUGUCUAAUC